AUGACAACAUAUCCAAUGGUCAAAAAGUUUAAGUUCUGUUGCACCAACACUAUGGCAGAAUACGAACCAUGCAUCCUAGGGCUUCGAAUGACCCUUGACAUGGAGAUUCACGAGUUAUUGGUGAUAGGCGACUCAGAUCUGCUAAUUCACCAAGUACAAGGAGAGUGGGCCACUAAGAAUGCCAAAAUCUUGCCAUAUGUGAAUCUUGCACAAAGAUUGUACAAAACGUUCAAGGAGAUUGAGUUCAAGCACACACCGAGGGCUCAAAAUGAAUUCGCCGAUGGGCUCGCUACCAUAGCAUCCAUGAUACAGCAUCCUGAAAGCAGCCAUAUUGACCCACUUGAGAUAAGCUUGAGAGAAGAGCAUGCUUACUGUUCUCAAUUGGAGGUAGAACCCGAUGGCAAGUCUUGGUAUACUGAUAUAAAGACAUACUUGGAGAAGGAAGAAUAUCCCGAAAGCACCAUAAGAAAUCAAAGGAAAACUAUCCGGCGAAUGGCUAAUGGAUUCUUCUUACGAGCAGGCUACUACUGGAUGACAAGGGAAACCGAUUGUUGUAAGUUCGUGCAGAGAUGCCAUCAAUGCCAAAUCCAUAGAGACCUAAUCAGAGUCCUACCAAGUGAACUUAAUGUCAUGAGCUAA